AGAGUCAAAGCAGCUAUAUAAGGUUUAAUGCAACAUUAGGAGGUAGUACAGCCAUUUCCAUUGAGCACUUUGUUUCUUCUGGUAUUGAGGACUGAAUACAUUUGAAAGGAUGUACAAAGGGAUAUUCCUCUGCGUAUUCCUUGCUGCAAUCUGUGCAAAUGCACUGGCACAGCCCACAGGCUUUGCAGAUGCAGAUGAAGAAAGCCACGAGCGGUACAUCCGAGGAAUGGCAACUAAAGCUGGAACGGUGUUGGGAAAAGUUACAAAAGCUAUUAUUGGUGCUGCUCUGGGACGUCGCAGUGCUCGGGACCUUCAGGAUCUCAUUCCAGGAAUUUAAACGGCCAGGUCGGAUUUUUGCUCUACUGAAGACUAACAUGAAUGUCUGCAAUGCACCAAACCUAAAAAAAUAUACUUCUCUUGUGAAACACAGGAAAUAAAGCGACCUAUAUGCAUGUAUUCACCA